GAUGUGGUUUGUUUGGAUGACACAAGAGUACGGUUAACACUGGAUGUUCCACCCAGUACUGAUUACAUCCAUGCGAAUUGGGUGAAAUUCGAGGGACACGACAAAAUAUUCAUCGCAACCCAGGCACCUCUCGACAACACCAUUGAAGAUUUUUGGAGGAUGGUUUUUCAGGAAGGAUGCCCCAACGUUGUAAAUCUUACCAGGGUAAGAUCUUGUUGA